UCAAAGGGAUUAGUCGUGUUUACAGCAAACAGAUGUAAAACUGAAGUAAACAUUUAAAUAACUACAAAUUUAUUAAUUUUUUUAUAUGUUUAAUCUUGAAUUAAAUUUAUUUUAUCUCAUUUGCGUUAAUUGCGAUCAAUUGUGAAUGAUUAAAGUAAGAUUUGAAGAAUUGACAGAUGGAUUGUAUGCAACGAUGCGCUACGAAUGACAGUAUGGUAUUUUAAAUAUUUUAUGUAUAAUUUGUAUUGCAAAAAAUAUGAUUGGAAUGAGAAUGAAUGCGUUUAACGAUACUGGUCUCGGUGAACCUGAACAAGAUGCAAAUACGGCCCUUAUAGAGCUCGAUAAAGGUUUACGUUCUGCCAAAACUGGAGAACAAUGUGAAGCUAUAGUACGCUUUCCUAGGCUAUUCGAGAAAUAUCCUUUCCCGAUAUUAAUAAACUCGUCUCUGCUGAAAUUGGCUGAAGUAUUUCGCACAGGGAGUAACUUUUUACGAGUGUGGGUUUUAAGAGUGUGUCAGCAGAGUGAAAAACAUCUGGACAAAAUUCUCAAUGUGGAUGAGUUUGUAAGACGUAUCUACAGUGUUAUACAUUCAAAUGAUCCAGUUGCCAGAGCUCUUACUCUACGUACAUUAGGCAGUGUAGCUGGCAUUAUUCCUGAAAGGCAACAAGUACAUCAUAGCAUAAGGAGGUCUUUGGAUUCUCAUGAUUCGGUUGAAGUAGAAGCUGCAAUAUACGCUGCCCAAAUGUUUGCAGCACAAUCUAAGUUAUUUGCGGUAUCUAUGUGCAGUAAGAUUUCUGAUAUGAUCAGGGGUCAAGCUACACCUGCUUCAAUGAAAUUGCAACUUAUACCUAUCUUGCAAUAUAUGCAUCAUGAUACUUUUACAGCAUCAAUGGUGAAUAAAUUAUGUAUGGAGCUCCUUGCAAGUUAUCCAGCAGCGGAAUUUGUCAGAGUCACUCUUAGUGCACUAAGUACGCUGGCUUCUGCGACGCUAAUAAAUGUUCCGGAACAAGUUGCAUUACUAUUACGUUAUUUGCAAGAUGAUCCAAGACUGUCUGUCAAACGUCACGCUUUACAUUUAUUGCAUAGUUUAGCGAGAAGAGGAGCUCAUCUCUGGCCGCAGGGUGCCCUUAAUAAUUUAAUUGAGAGUACCACGACACUUUUGCAAGAUGGUGCGGGAAAUACGGAUCUUCUUAUUCGCACUUUAGAUGUAAUUGAGGUGCUCAGUCAAAGUGCUGUGACGUGCGACGCAAAUAUGGAAGAAAACAGUCCUUUAUUGCAAUUAUGUCUGAAUGCAUGCUAUUCACCUGAUCCAUUUGUCGCAGUAAAAGCAAUUACUAUACUGUCUAGAGUUGCCUGUUAUUGUUACGAAGAAGGAUUGCCCGCUUAUGGUAUACAAGAUGUGAUCUCUUGUCUGGAAUCUCUUAUUGUACUGCUGGCUUUGGACGAGAAGCAUUUGUAUCAGUUGAAGGCUUGCUUACGUUCGACGGUAAAACUGUGCCAGUCGCAGCCUAAUCAUUGCACUGUGUUCGUCGAUGCUAUCGGUUCCACUCUUAUUAACGCUAGUGUGGAAAAUGGUCAAAGCGAGAAGCAAACGGUUGCCCUGUGCGAAGCUUUAGGCGCUAUUGGUAGCUUAGGAGAAAAUACACUGCUCUCGCUUCUACCAGAUAUUCUGGUGAAGCUUAAACAGACCUCGCAUGUGCAUACAAAGGUAAUGCUUUGCACAUUGCUAUUCCAAAUGAUGGCUGGAGGAUAUGAAUGGAAUUCGGAAUGCUUGGAGGCUGUAGAUAACGUCGUAAAAAACAUAGAUGGCUGGGCGAAAUAUCGCAUUGCCCGUAGCGCCGCAAGAUACGGUCAUCAUACAAUUGCUACUGAAAUAUUUAAAGGUCUAAAAGAAACUGUAGCUUCGGAACAGUUGCACUUUUGGCUUUCCGGCUUAGAGUUGGUUACAAAGGCGGAAUGUUGUCUUAUGAGCAAAACGGAAAAUGGAGGGGAAGCGAACAAGGUGGCGAUUGUGGAGAAAUUGAACAGAGCUAUAGCGCGUUAUGCGAGUGCUUGCGCGUCUCUUAAAGCUGCUAGCACUCCGCUGCGUAGUUUGCAGUUUCCAAGUGAAUAUUCCAAGUUACGAUGUGAAUUCUUACAAUCCAUAGUGCAGCUGUUGCACGCAUGCAUAUCUUUAUGCACUGCGCCACCACCAGCUAUAGCGGUCACAGUCGUCAUUGCAACGAAAGAUGAUCUCCAGAGAUAUGGGCGCGUUACGCACCAGUUAAGAAAAUCAGCGCAGGAUUUGAAAAAUUGUGCAGAAAAUUAUCAGAAGCUGUACCAGUCAGCUUUCGAUGCUGAUCCGGGAUCGUUGGCGAAUAUCCGGGCAUUACAAGAAAUGUGUCGAUUAAUCGCGAACAGCGUGGAAAGAGUUUGCGGCGGACCCGGCGUCUCGAUGUAUCAGCAACAGAAUGAUCCUGUAAAUUUUCAUUUCGGCGAUUCGGUGGAGAUGCGACAGUUGGCUCGCUGUUGCUGUGAAUUGCGUUUCUUAGCACCACCAUGGGCGGGCAGCGACGGUAAGUCAGGAGCCAUUAGUCACAUGCGAGUCAGUUGUUUGAUAUCGCAAGUGACGCUGCUUGCCGGUGGAACGAUGAGAUUGCCGAUCCCGCGGUACUUCUUCCAAACUCUGCAGACCACCAGUAUUAAACUAUCGGUUUCACCUCAACCGCGUGUCCUUGGCGAGCCCGUGUCUGUGCCACAAGGUAGCCAGUUGGCGCUUAAAGUUGAAGGAGUAUUGCGGCACGGCCGGUGGGCGUCCCUUUUCCGCUCCGUCGCUGCCGUGUGCAUUUCUAUUUCGACAACGCCGCCCUCGAAAAUAAAUUCUGAUCAAAAGGAUUCCAAUAUGAAUGAAUUGCAACAAACGGUAACGCCACAUCGUGAUUUCUUUGCCUGUGAAUUUUUAUUGUCCUUGGGAAUUCCUGGAUCCACAAUUGCACCAUGUGCAGCUGGCACAAAUACAGCUGGUAAUACGGCUAGCGGUGGUCAAUAUCAAAUCACGGCAAGCGCAAGUAUACUCGACAAGGAUGGCAAUGUGUGGAAAUGUGGUCCACGCUCCACUCUUCCUGUUAGAGUACACGAAGAACCUGGAAAAAGGAAAUUACCUUAGUAGGAAUGUCGUGCCAAUAUUUUGUAAUAUUUACAUUCGAAUAAAUUUUAAUAAAAAGAAUUUUUUUAAUAUCA